AUGGCAAAGAGUAAAACAGGACCUCCAUACACAGAUCGCAAUGCGGAAUAUGUCAUCGUUACCACCCCGUGGGGGAUGAAUCGCGUCCCCAGGAGUCGCGUCCCAGAGGACUUUAAUAGGCUGGCGGCGUGGGUCCAGCUUAUCCUCCAGGACAAAGAUAUAGAUGCGAAAGUUGAAUGCAUAUUUGGUAUGGGGACAAGAGAUGAAGUCAUUGUUCAACUUCCAAAGGGAACAGAUAUUCAGCCACUUCUUGGGGAACAUAAGUUGGCGAUUAUUUCAAAGAGGUGGGAUGGGAAUCCAAACGAUGGGAGAGCAUCCUGUUUCUUUGAAUACAAUUUUCGCAACAACGGUGACCCCAGUAAUCAUAACUGGGCAGCAGAAUGGCCUCAUGUUACUCCAAAGUUUGUACCUCCUGUAAAGUCGCCUUACCCGGAACCAGGCUGGGCUGAGCCUCCUCGCUCCAUUCGCAGUCUUGUCCUUCCAAUACCACCUAGACCACUACCUACCCCAGAAGCUGAGCCAACACCAAUUCAUGUUCCAACAACAAUACCUGUCCCUGUAUCUCAAGAAACAACAAAUCUACCUCAUGUUCCCCCGCCCGCAGCACCUGCUAAUAUCACUUCUGCAUUCAGACCUUACGAGCCCCCUACGCAGCACCCUGCUCACGGAAUGUUCAUUAACGAGGCAAAUCAGCCAAGGAAUCCUUCAGCGGGACGAGAAAGCAACCAGCCAACUCCAGCCGAAGGUGAACACGUUCCAGCCCAGAAAUACAUGAAAAAGCUAGAUCCCUACCAGGAAGAGGAAGACGCUCUGGCGUUCUUGCAAACAUCUCCACGAGAUUCUCAAAGUGACUCCAAGCCCGUUAAACUUGAACACGUCAAAACAGAACCGUCUGGCAUGGGCUCUGAACCUGGCAGAUUACCAGCCACCUCCUGA